AUGGGGGUUUGGAAUUGGUCGAGAAGCCCAAGCUCGGCCGAAGAAUUACUGGAAUGGCACGAGUUGAUCGGGCUCCUCGAUAAUGUCACUUUUUCUUAUGGCAAAGAUGGUUGGGAAUGGUUGGGAGGUAAUGACUCUGAUUUUUCGGUCAAGAUUGUCAAGAACUUCCUGUAUAGCGACUCCGAUUUCAGCAGCAGGCAUGUUGUGAAAUGGUCGAAAUGGGUCCCAAAAAAUGAAAUAUUUUUUGUUUGGAGGGCGGUUUUAGAUCGUAUUCCCACGCUGACCGCACUCCGGGAUCGGAACUGUUGGGGCAGAGAUGUGAAAUGUUGUCUGUGUGAAGAUGGCGAUGAAACAGCUGAACACCUUCUUUGUUCGUGCAAGGUAGCGUCGACUGUCUGUUAUCACAUCAGUCAGUGGUGCAAGGUGAGUCCUUGUAUUCUGUUUUCGGCUAAAGAUAUCGUAAUUGCCUCUGAGUUUUGCAAUCUGGAUAGAGAAGUGAAAGAAGAUUUACAUGGCAUUAUGUUCGUGACAAGUUGGUUUAUAUGGUUAGCCAGGAACAAUAAAAGGUUCUCGGAGACUCAAGUUAAACCCGGAGAGAUUAUCCGUAAUAUUAAGUCCGUCGGUUUUUUAUGGUAUAAGAAUCCGUCUAAAAAUAGGUCUGUGAGUUGGGAAAAAUGGUGUAGUUUCGAUAUAAGAUUUGUGGGUGAUGUAGCAGUCGAUGUUGAAGUAUUGUCAUCGGAAAUUGAGUAUUCAACGGAAAUUGAGUAUUCAGCGGAAAUUGAGUGUUCGGAUACAACGACAUUUUUUGAUGUAGACAUAACAACGACAUUUUCUAAUAUUGACGAGGAGGGUAUAUAUGUGAUGAAUCAGAGGAUGCCAUCUGUAUUACAAAGGGGUUACAAGUGA